AUGUCGGAGAGGAGCGACAGCCUGAAUGCCCUGGUUUGCGAUAUAUGUGGCCUGGCAUAUACACUGCCAGAGGAUGGGGUUGCUGGAAACCUCCCACAUAUGCUGCUGUGUGGCCACAUCUUCUGCACCACCUGUCUGCGUUCACUGGAGUGCAAGAAAGUCAUUGUGUGCCCUGACUGCAAGGUUGGCUCCACGCUUUCGGAGGAUGGAGUGGAGGGUCUGCAGGUGGACAGCAGAAUCGUUGGGCUCAUUUAUACUGCCAAAAUGAACAUGAGAAAGAACCGUGGCGGCGAGAGGCCCAGGAACCGUAGGCCCAAGUCGCCCGACCCUCCCCUGAAGGAGAGCACAGAGCCGGACUCUCACCCAGAAAACGCCCUGACCAAUGCGCUGUGUCAGGCCGAAGAGAACCUGUCCCAGCUGGAGAGCAUUCACCAGACUCUGGUCAAAGGCCUAGCGGUCCAGGCAAAGAAGGAGAGGUCCCGCCUGCUGAAGGAGAUCGAUGAUGCGGUGGACAGAGCAUCAGGCAUGCUGCACAGAAGAAAGGGUGCUCUGGUGGCGGAGCUGACCCACAUGGAGCAGCUCUUCCCCAGCAGCAGGCUGGAGCUGAACAGGGUGGAGGAGAGGAGGAAGGCCCUGCAGACAGCCAUCCAGAAGGCCAGGCAGGUCCAGCACUGUCCCUCUCUGGGAGAGUACUGCAACCUGGAGGAGUUGGUGGAGAUGCUGCAGUCCCCUGUAGAUGUGCAGUCCUAUGACCUGGGCUGUCUGUCUCUGGGCUCCGGGCUGAGCGUCAGUGUCCAUGGUGAUGGGUUGACACAGAGCCUGAAAGCUAGCAUCCAAAUAACAGUCGGCAGCCCCAAGGUUCUCACUGGAGAUGAGCCUGUGGCCACGGGGCCGCCCCAGCCAGGCCCGGAGAGGAAGGUCUGGAGGAGCAGCCUUUCUCCUCAGGACAAGAGAUCCAGCAGACACAGCCCCGGCGCCACGGAGCCCAGCCCCCCACGGCGGGAGCAGGCGAGCCAGAGGAUCGGGCCUGCCCAGGCCUCGUCUCCCUGGCCCUCCCCUGACAGCCCCAACGUCCUCAUCGAGGAGAUCGUGCAGGAGGGCGAGCCAGUGAAGGCUGCAAGCGGAAGGCAGAUGAAGAAGAGCAGGAAGUCAGCGUUGAACAUUCCUCCGGGUGGUCAGGGAAAAGUUUUUCAGGAGUGGGUGUUCGUGACGCACGUGGUCAACCCCAACCACUUCUACAUUCGCCAUGUGGCGGAGAACAGGGCGGGCGCCCUGCUGUCCAAAAAGAUCAACGGCCUGUGCUCUGGAGAGAGGGGCCUCUUCGCCCCCGGCGAUGUGGUGGAGACAGGCUCCAUGAUGUUCAUGCGGUGGAAGGAGGGCAUGUGGUCCAGGGUGCUGGUGAGGGAGGUGUUCCAGAGAGGCCGGGACGAGCCCGUGCCCUGCAGCCCUGUGUCAGAGCUGGCCAGACUGCAGGUCUUCUUCCAGGACUACGGCUUCACCAGAGUCAUCUCUCUCACUGAUGGGGGAGCGUCUGCGGCGGACAGUCUGAAUGAGUGUGUGAGGCGCGUAGACCUGGCGGUGCAGGCAGAGAUGAAUCGCUGGCCGCCCCAGGCCGUCCGCUGUUCGCUCAAAGACAUCGUGCCCGCAGACCUGGAGGCGGGCUGGAGCUCGGAGGCGCAGGCGGAGUUUCAGCGCGUGGUCGGCUGCAAGGCCGUGGAGAUGCAGGUGUUCGGGGUGGAGCGGGACUCCCUGCUGGUGGACCUGAAAAAGGCGCCCAUGGACAAGAGCGUCAGCGACAUGCCCCUCUCCCUGCGGGACUACCUGGUCUUCCUGGAGCUGGCCAUGUUUUACUCCCCGAUUGCUAAGCCGUCCCCCAGCAGCCGCCGGCCUCUGCACUUCUACCCCCCCGCGUACCCCAGGCUCAUGGUGGAGCUGGACGCUGUCGUGUGUCACGUCAACUCCCCCUCCGACUUCUACAUUCAGCUGGUGGACAGCAUGGAGUUCCUGCUGCUGAACGCGAAGCUGCAGGAGUGCUACUCGGCGGAUGGGCUGGAGGUGUUCUGCCCCACCCUGGAGCAGGCCUGCGUGGCGCUGUUUGAGGACAAGGGCUGGUACCGGGCCCAGGUCAUUGGUCUCCCUGGUAACAGGAUGGUGGAGGUCAGGUACGUGGACUUCGGCAACAAGAAGACCCUCAGCGUGAAAGACAUCCGCAAGUUAAAGGACGAGUUCCUCGUUCUCCCCGCGAUGGCGAUCCAGUGCUGCCUUGCGGACCUGGAGCCCCCGGGGAACGCGGAGUCGUGGAGCGAGGAGUGCAAGGAGAGAUUCCGCAAUCUGGCGGAACAGAAGCUGAUGUCUACCAUGGCAACAGAGAGAGUCCCAUGGCACCAGCCCAUGCCAGUCCGGCUGCUUGAGGUCAACAGCAGCAAUGACCAGUCCACAGACAUUGCAGAGCUACUGGUGAAGGAAGAGCUGGCCAGCUUUAGAAAAGGCAUGAAACCCCAGGCCCCGACAGUGGAGACAGACAUCUGGGACCCCCCCUUCGAGGGUCUGGUGGAGGGGGGAGGUCCAGAGCUCGACCUGCCCUCUGAGGACGGGGACACCCUGGACCUCCAGCCCAACCUCCAGCUGCCCAAAAACCUGAAGGAUCUGAGGGUGCGGGUGACCCACGUCGCCUCCCCAGGGAGCUUCUUCGUCCAGCUGCUGCAGAUGGACAACCACCUGAAAAAGGUGUAUGAGAUGCUGAAGGAUGAGUAUGCCAGGUCAGAGCCUCUGCCAGUGGACUGGAAGGCAGAAAUGCACUGCGCUGUGUACGUCAGCGGGGUGUGGGAGAGGGGACAGGUGUGCUCGGUGUCCUCCAGCAGCAUCGCAGAGGUCGUGCGCUGCGACUUUGGCAACAAAGUGAAGCUCCACAUCAGCAACCUCAGACCGCUGCGGCCAGACCUGAUUGGUUGCUUGGCGCUGGAGUGUUCCCUCAGUGACAUCAGACCUGCUGGGGGUCUCACCACCUGGACGGCCACAGCAUGCGACUUCAUCUCCUACUACAUGAGGGGUGCCAUGGCAAUCAUGACCAUCAAGGAGAACACGGCCGAGCGCCCCGUGCCCGUGGCUCUGUACUGCUCCAACAUGGCGGGGCAGGAUGUGAGCAUUGCAGACUUCCUGGUCAGCGAGGGCCUGGCUCUGAAGGAGAGGAAGCCCAAAGGGCCCCUCCCCGCUCCCCGCUGCGCCGCCCCGCCCGAGGCGGUGCAGACCCGCCCCUACGCCCCGCCCGAGCUGCCGCACUGCGGCCUCAGGCAGAUGACCGUCACCGCCGUCGGGGACGACGGGGUCAUCUACGCCAUGACGCGGCACGCAGAGCACCAGUUUGAGAAGCUGAAGGACAGACUGCAGCAGCACAUCAGGUCCCUGCCCAGGCAGAAGCCCUGCAGCUGGAAGAACGUGCUGGGCUGCGCGGUCAUGGGCUCCGACAUGCUCUGGUACAGAGGGGAGGUGCUGGAGCUCAUCGGGGGUCACGUCAAGGUGCGCUAUGUGGACCAGGGUCUGGUGGAGAAUAUUCCGGCGUGUCACGUUUACCCCACGGUGCUGUGUGAGGAUGUGCCCCAGCUGUGUAUCCCCUGCCGGCUGCACGGGGUCAUUCCUGUGGGCGGGGAGUGGCAGUGGGACGCUGUGGCUUUGCUCAGGGAGCUACUUCACAACCGAAGUGUCAACCUGCAGAUCAUGGAACUGCCCUCUGACCCCCUGGGGAACAUGACCGUGCAGGUCCUGCUGGACGGCAUGACCCUCAGCAGGAUCAUGGUGCAUCACCAGCACGCGACCUUCGACCCCGCCGCGUCCGCUCAGGAGGAAUAUGUGGUGACGUCAUCGGUUACAGAAUUAGACGACUGGGAGCUCAACAUCAAGGGUUUGGAGGACCCAGGGCCUGUCCUUGGAGUCUACACCUACCCUAGACUGCCUGACAAAGGAGAGCACUUCCCGGUCCAAAUCAAACACCUCCGCACUCCCAAUGAGGUGUUCCUGUGCCCCUUAACUGAGGAUGGAGAUGAGAGCGAAGAUGGGGAGAGUCUGGAAGAAGCUCUGAAGCAAGUGAAUGCAGAUGUGGACAGGCUGCCAUUGCUCACUGACUUCCCUAUAGAGGGCCCCUGCCUGGCGGAGUACAGUGAUGGGAAAUACUACAGGGCCAAGCUGCUGGGGUUCGAAGGCUUCAACCCCGUCAGAUUCCUGGUGAGACACGUGGACUUCGGCUCCGACGACACCCUUUCCAUGCAGAGGCUGCGGCAGAUCCCCCUGCAGCUCCUCGGCUUCCCCUGCCAGGCCAUCAAGGUGCGGGUGGCGGGGUUUAAGCCCCCCCGGCUGAACCUGGAGAAGGAGCGCGUCUCGUACCGGCCCGAGUGGAGCAUGAAGGCGGCGCUGGAGAUGAUCGACCUGCUGCACGGCUGCGUCACCGCCUCCGUCAUGUCCACAGAGCCAGAGAAAGUCGUGUUUCUCUAUGAUGAAAAGGGAGUGCUGGUGCACCUGCCGCUGGUGGAGAAAGGCCUGGCUGACUUGGAGUGA